AGGGCGUAUAGAGGCUGUCCCUGACGCUCUCCUGUUCAGUUAUACUCCAAACUCUGAGUUUAGGCGGUUCGGCUCCGACAGAAGCAGCACUUUGUCUGUGAUUGUAUCACUACUGACUGUCAUCACUGUGCACUGGAGUCAAAGAUCAAACCCAGCAGGCACUGCGGCUCUGCCAGCGCACCGACGGUGAAGCAAUAAAGUGAAGAAAUCAGCUCAUCAGACAGCAGGUAGGAGACGUGAUGGCUCACCGUGUACAGGACGUCAUGCGGCUGUGCUGCGAGGUGUCGGCAAACCAGCAGAUGAAAGCAGCAGUAAAGGGUUCUGGGAAGGGAGCGGCCGUGGCAGGGGGAGGAGCCUUUGUGGGCGGCCUUUUAGCCGGACCGGUGGGGAUCGCUGCAGGUGGAGCUCUGGGAGGCCUGCUGGGAUGCUGGAUGACCAGCGGUCAGUUUAAACCAGUUCCUCAGAUCAUCAUGGAGCUCCCGCCUCAGCAGCAGCAGAAACUCUACUCCGACGUUAUGGCGAUUUUGGGCACACUGGACUGGGUAGAUGCCGUCCAGCUGGUCACGCUGGUGAUGGGAAAUACGACAAUGCAGCAGCAGGUUGCAGCCGCCGUCCUCAGCUACGUCACCAAAGAGCUGAGGGCAGAGGUGCGCUACGGAGACUGACCACCAGGGGGAGACAGUAAAUCAGGAAAACUAGUUAGUUUAAAGAUUGGAAACACACUGCUUCAUAUCUGAGCCUGGUGCCUUACUGGUUUAUUUAUAUUAGUUAUUUAAACCUGUAUUUUAGAAUCUGACCGAUGAAGGGGUUAAAAAGGAUCUUAAAGCGGCACUUUGACCAAAAUCUAAUUUUUACCCGAAUGUAGUUGAGCCAGCCGAGACAUGUUUGAUGCUUCUUUAGUUUUAGCAUUGGAGCUACGAGACUAAUGUAGCUAACAGGGGAUGGAAGCUUGUACCCCAUCAGUGAGCAUUAAUGCCUAAAUUGCCACACUGCGUGGAGAUGUUCAGUAAUCUAUUCAAACACUGGAAUAUGUGGUUUCUGACACUGUAUGACUCACUGUUAUCUAUAAACAUGGGCUAAAGUACAUUAACAUAGCUAAACACAGUUUAGACAGAAUUUUGUCUGUACUUUCGUCUAUUUUAAUACGUUUGGGUGAGGAGAAAAUUCUUGGAAUUAGCUUUUUGGUUGAAUUGUCGCUUUGAAGUUCUGAAAUAUGUCAUGUAGUACAAGCUGACCACUUUAGGUUUUUAGAAUAAAUUAGACAGAUUUUGUAGUGACAGCAAUAGAUGUUUUGCACUGACGUAUACAAGAAAAGUCUUUUUUAUUUGAAUGCAAUCUUUUUAAAACAUGGUCUAAUAUGAAGUACAGUGUACUUUUCAUUAUUACAUCAUAUGUGAAAAUAGUGAAACUGAUUUGUAUGAGAAUAUCAUGUUGGUACCUGAAUUUGUUUAAUAAAUGAUCAUGUUAUUAAA